UAACUCCAUAGAUUGCAAUUCUUUUGAGGUUUCAAGAACAACAGCAAGAAAAACAAUACGAAAAAGAUGGCAGGCUCAAAUGAUCCAUUAGUGAUAACAUUCGGCGAGAUGCUCAUCGAUUUUGUUCCGGACACAGCCGGAGUCUCCUUGGCUGAGUCUCGUGCCUUCAUCAAAGCCCCCGGAGGUGCCCCUGCCAAUGUUGCUUGUGCCAUUUCCAAACUUGGUGGUAACUCUGCCUUCGUUGGCAAGGUGGGAGAUGAUGAAUUUGGAAAGAUGCUAGUUGACAUAUUGAAUCAAAAUGGGGUGAACACAGAUGGUGUGUGCUUUGAUAGGGAAGCAAGAACUGCAUUGGCAUUUGUGACACUGAGAAAGGAUGGAGAGAGGGAAUUCAUGUUCUACAGGAAUCCCAGUGCUGAUAUGAUGCUGAAGGAGUCUGAGUUGAACAUUGGUUUGAUCAAGAAGGCUAAGAUAUUUCAUUAUGGAUCCAUUAGCCUCAUAUCAGAGCCUUGCAGAUCAGCACACUUGGCAGCCAUGAAAGCUGCUAGAGAAGCCGGUGCUUUGCUUUCUUAUGAUCCAAAUGUGAGGCUCCCUUUGUGGCCUUCUCCUGAUACUGCUAGGUCUGGAAUCAAGAGCAUUUGGUUUGAUGCUGAUUUCAUCAAGGUUAGUGAUGAUGAAGUUAACUUUCUUACACAAGGAGAUGCUGAGAAGGAAGAAGUUGUUAUGUCCCUCUGGCAUGACAAACUGAAGUUGCUUCUUGUCACUGAUGGAGAGAAGGGUUGCAGAUAUUUCACCAAGAAAUUUAAAGGAAGGGUAACAGGGUUCUCAGUUAAGCCAGUUGAUACAACUGGUGCUGGUGAUUCUUUUGUUGGUUCUUUUCUCGCAUCUGUGGCCCGGGACUCUUCCAUAUUUGAUAAGGAGCAAAAUUUGAGAGAGGCUUUGACAUUUUCCAAUGCUUGUGGAGCAAUAUGUACAACACAGAAGGGAGCAAUUCCAGCACUUCCGACCCGCUCAGAAGCUGAGAAAUUUAUCUCUGGCAAUAAAGGCAAUUAGACAAGGCUUUAACAAUUUUGUAUUGCAUAAUGGUCUCACCAUUCGUUCUCAUUUUAUCUUCCCAUCUUAUAAGCUAUUGAUGGUACAGUGAGACAAGUGAUUAGGUAUACUGAUUAAUCUAAGACAUGAGUGUUUGAAGUAUAUUGUUAGACUUAAAUUUUACAGUUUAAUUUUGAUGUAUGACAAUGUAUUUUACUCUAUCGAAAAUUCAAUCAAAUUCAUGAUUAGAUGACAUUUUAAACAAUAGAUUUGAAAUUUAGUUACUUUUAAUAAUGUGAGAAUACAGAAUUGGAUAUCUGGAUAAAACUCUUGUAUUGUCGUGCAUAAAAAUUAAAUUCUAAAUUUUAUAAAAAAAAUUGAGAUUAAAAUAUAUAAUCAUGCUAAUUUCAAGUGAUUUUAUAUCCUCUAAAUAACUGAUAAUCAUAACCAUCCCUUGAUCUUUCAUUAUCACUUAGUACAUUUUCUAAUACAAUUCAUAUAUCUAAGACAAUUUGUAUUCAACAACAUUAAUUCAUUCACAGUAAAAAAUGACAAUAACAAAAGCAACGAAUGGAGUGAUUUUGGAAUUAAGUAAUAAUAUAUCAUGCUAACGAAACAUUGCUAACAAUAUGAAUGAUGAUAUUCAGUUUAUGGAUGACGAUAUCGCAAGUCAACUUUUUUUAAUUGUUUGCAUACAAAAAUGACUGUCUACUAUAAUAAAUUGAUAUUAUUAAAAGUUAAAACAUGUAUAAUACAAAAGAAUGAAUCUAUAAAUAUGAAACUAAUUAAAUUUUUUACCAACAUGACUUGCCGUGUUACUGGAUUUGAGAUCACACUCAAAUUUACUAUAAUAUGAAUAUAUGAUCAUUCCCCCCUCCCCAACACCAAUCAUUGACGAGAAAAAAAAAAAAAGGAUUGCAAGACAAUACUGAACUCUAUUGUAAGGGGUUCAUUACCCAUUUAUUAGGAAUAAUAUUAUUCUUAGGUACUUAAAAAAUGCCAAUUAAAAUUGCACAAUGCCAGGUUUUUAUUUAAAUGAACAAUAAAACCCUUAAACUUUUGUAUUAAGUGCUGCCUAAACUAGCAAUGCUACAUCUUUCAUUUCUUUCUGUUUCCUUCCUAUCCAAUGUAGCUAUGCUGUUAUACAAGGGAUAAUUACAGCAACUUAUGAAUAUACUUUUU